GAUUGCCAUAAAUCAGUGUGCAUUAAUUGAAAAGGAAAAGUUGAAACACGAUUUGACGAAGAAAAAGGUAGGCGAACAUGUUUGCCUAGUUGACAUGCAUGACAUAAAAAAUCUAAUUUUGAUCUAGGAAGGCUAGCUAAAGAAGAGGACACGCCAUGGAGAACAGCGGGGCUGGGGUGUCCAAGCCGACGAUGCCAGGUGGAGAGAUCGACUUGGGCCAGAUGGAGAGAGGCGUUGGGCGUCGCUUGCGAGAUAGGGUAAAGAGUCGCUAUUGGAUCGAUGAAUCACGGCUCCCGUCAAUUUGUCCUUUACAGAGAAACCACAAGAGUCAAAUUCAACAGUGCAAUUAUUAUCAUGAGUAAACUGACGGACAGAAAUGAGAUUAUGUAUGAUAUGGGGGGAGACUAUGACAUUGUUUAGGGUUAGGGGAGGGGAGGUGGGAAGGGUGCCCUUACCAAAACCAGUAGUGCUCACUUUAGAACCAUUACCAACAAUAAUAUGCGAGGGAGAAUUAAUGCUUGAAGUAAUU